AUGAAUCUUCCUGACUCCAGGUGGGGCACCUUGUCCAUUGGGUCACCUAGCUGCCCCCAUGAGACAUCACAGUAGGUCCUUAAAGGAGACUCUCCCUUGCUUCAAAUGAUACAUCCCAUUACCUCAAAAGAAGCCGAUUUCCUCCUAUGUUCAGGGAUUGCCUGGUUCCUAUGCCAAAUCAACUCUAUGCUUAGGUCCUUGCAAAACAUACAUUACUAAAAUAAUAGUUAUAAAGGUAUGUGAAAGGUAUACAAUGAUACAUAAAUGCAAGUAAUUUUUUUUAAUCUUGAAUUGUGAUGAAGCCUGUCACUACAGUUAGUAUAUCUCUACGUAAUUCUAACACAGUGAGUUACUUGUCGAAACCAGAGCCGCUUUGCUGCCUCUCUGAGUGUAGGGGUGGGGCCAUGAAUUUGAAAUCUCAUGGUAAGGAGAGACUUCGCUUCACUCUUCUUUCUCACCAGGCUGCAUUACCUUGGGACUUUGCUACCAUGCCCCAUGUUGGGUACCUUCUCAUCCCCUCUUUCAGCUUCCUUUUGUGUGUUGUAUUCUAUUAGAUUGCAUGCUUCUUGAGGGCAGACUGUCUUUUUUUAUUUUUGAAUCUCCAGUGCUUAGCACAGUGUCUAGUACCUAGUAGGCACUUAAUGUUUUUUGACCAUUGACUAGUUCUGCCAGCAAAAAUUUCUGAGUAAUGGGGAUAAUGCCCUCCCAAUGAAUUUCCCAAGGUAUGGGAUAAGGCAAGAGAGAAAAUGCAAUAUAAACAUGGGAGAUGUUAGGGAAGAGAAAAUAAUGUACCUCUUAUCAGAGAAAGUUCUGGGUGGUAGCAAUAUUGUCAAAGCACUCCUACAAAGAAAAGCCUGAUGCUAAAAAUAUACCACUGACCCCAUCUCUCUGUGCAGGACGUGACAGUGUAUUUAUUGUGUAGUUAGUAUUGUGUUCUUAGGAAACAAAAAAUAUUUUAAUACUUUGGUCUUGAUUAUUUGUGUUUUAAAAUUUUUUGAAAGAGGUAAUACCUAUCUGAAAAACUACUCGUUAGUUGGAUGACUAGACUUGCCUUUUGACCACUCACCUGCCCAUUAACUCCUCUGUAGUAAUGCCUUUGUAGAAGAUAAAAAGGUUAAAAAAUUUACCUGUUUAGGACCUGAAGCUGAAAUUUUAACAGUAUCAAUACACAGAGUUUUGUAUAAAGAGUAAGCUAUCAGGUAGUUUGCCCUGGUUUACAAUUUGACAGGCUAAAAGUAGAGGCAACCAAAGCAGGGACACUUGGGCAGGGCAGUAAGACUGGCAAACUCUUUUCAGAAGUUUCAAUCCUUCAUCAUUGCCGUCUAGUAAUGUUAUUUUUGUGAAUAUGCUUUUCCUCUUCUAACAGUUAUCAAAAUCAAGACUACUCUUUAUAGUUGAAAAGAAUCAAAAGGAAUGCAUAACUUAAUCUAAAUUUUUUUUGGCCAAGGCCUGUGAUGAUUACAACGGUGACCCUUUACACAGUUCAAUUCAACAAGCGCUCGAGCAAGCCCAAGGACAAGGUCUAAAAGCUUUAUCUUCUAAGGAUUAGUAGGAUUGUUAAAAUGUGAAAUAGGGGUUUCAGAACUGUAUUCCGAAGAUUCACAAGUGUGGUUGAAAAGGAAUCUUCGAGAUCUAGUUUUUUUUCAGAGGGAACAAACUUUUUUGUAGAACGCCUUAGUGUCAUAAAAAGAUUGGUGGACGGAAGCCGUAGCUGAUCCGGAGCCCUUCACCUCUCUAGGCUUCAGUUUCCUUAACUGUAAAAUAAGGAUGAAUUAGACGGUUCGUAAAAUCCUUUCCACUGCCACGGUCUAAAACUGUAUGUCUCAAGUCCUUAGACUGCUCCAUAAAAAUACUGCAACGAACAAUAAGGAAACCAGGUGUAAAGCCUAAACUAGGAAACCGAACAUACUUGCCUUUUUAAGAAAUUUUGCUUCUCUGGAAAACCAUUGGAUAUGCUGUGUUUGAGAGCAAGGGGACUCCGCUGAAGAUGUGUUCGAAUUCCCUAGAGCGAGUCUCUAACUUUUUCAUUUUAGGUGAGUUUAGAGUGCUCCACCCCUUGUAUCACAUUACUGCUCCAAAACGGAAGAAAUUGUGGCAGACUCCUCGGCUUCUUGGGAAGGGAAGAGCCAUAUGACAACUUUCUUUUGGGAACAGCACAAGAAAAUUACCAGCAAAGUUCUCUUUGAAGAGUCAUAAAGUAGACAGCUCAUGACUUCUGAUCAGGACACUAAAGUUGUGGCUGAACCGCAGGUGCAGCAAGUGCAAGAAGUAAAAGACAGUUCUCAUCUAGAACCAGCCAAGGUUUCAGAGUUAAACCCUAAUGCAAAAGUAUGGGGGAAUCAUAUGUUACACUUGGAAGCAAGUGGUACAACUGAUGGAAAUGUGAGCAAAGCCUGGGAAGAAAUAGUGGACCACCCUCCAGAUGCCUGCAAAGAAGGAUUGGAUGCCAGCAGUAAUGGCGACGCAUCAUAUCCUAAUGCAGUGUUAGCAGACCUGCAAGAGCCAGUUUCAUUGUCAGACCAAACAGAUAUGAAUGCUUUGGUCCUGGACCAUUCAGAAUAUGAAUCUAUGCCUGAAAACACCCAGACAGAAGAAAGUGAAGAAGUCCAGGAAGACCCCCGAGAAGUGCUUAAAAAAACACUGGAAUUCUGCUUAUCUCGAGAGAAUCUUGCAAGUGACAUGUAUCUUAUAUCACAGAUGGAUAGUGAUCAGUAUGUGCCAAUAACAACAGUAGCUAACCUCGACCAUAUCAAGAAACUCAGUACUGAUUUGGAUUUAAUUGUUGAAGUUCUUCGAUCAUUACCUUUAGUCCAAGUGGAUGAGAAUGGAGAAAAGGUCAGGCCAAAUCAGAAUCGCUGCAUUGUUAUAUUGCGUGAAAUACCUGAAACUACUCCUAUAGAAGAAGUAGAAGCUCUCUUCACAGGAGAUAACCUGCCUAAGUUCGUCAAUUGUGAGUUUGCAUAUAAUGACAAUUGGUUUAUAACAUUUGAGUCGGAAGCUGAUGCACAACAGGCUUACAGAUACCUGAGAGAAGAAGUGAAAAUUUUUCAAGGAAAACCAAUAAAGGCACGGAUAAAAGCAAAGGCUAUUGCUAUAAACACAUUUUUGCCAAAGAAUGGAUAUAGACCUCUGGACGUGAAUCUCUACACACAACAGCGUUACACAACAUCGUUUUACUUACCUCCAGUAUACAGUCCCCAGCAGCAGUUUCCAUUGUACAGCUUAAUUACGCCACAGACCUGGUCAGCUACACAGAGUUAUCUUGAUCCAUCCUUGGUAACACCAUUUCCAAAUACUGGAUUUAUCAAUGGGUUUACGUCUCCCACCUUCAAACCUGCAGCAUCUCCCCUAACUUCACUCAGACAAUAUCCUCCUAGAAACAGGAAUCCUAGCAAAUCACAUCUACGACAUACGCUACCUACUGCAGAUAGAAGACCUGGACUCUUAGAAAGUCCUACAAUAUUUAAUUUCUCUGCUGACCGCUUAAUUAAUGGGGUCCGGAGUCCACAAACAAGGCAACCAGGACAGAACAGAACACGGAUGCAAAACACUUCAACUUAUGCCAAGAGGGAUAUUGGAAUUGGACGAAUGGAGCAGAAUAAUCUUGAAUCCUCUUCAGUUUUAGGCAGAGGAAGGAAAAAUUCCUUUGGCUUUCGAAAAAAAAGAGAAGACAAGUUUACAAGAAGUCAGACUCAGUCUCCAACACCACCAAAACCUCCAUCUCCUAGCUUUGAAUUAGGCUUGUCUAGUUUUCCACCUUUACCUGGAGCUGCAGGCAAUUUGAAGACAGAGGAUUUAUUUGAGAACAGGUUGUCUAGCAUGGUAAUGGGAACAUCAAAAGAAAGACCCCUGAAUGUGGAUGCAAGUACAAAUACUAUUCCUGCAGUAAUGCCUAGAGAGCCAUCAGUGUCAGGUUCUUCUGUUCUGUCAGCAGCCUAUGAACAGUCUCCCUCCCCGGUCCAGUUACCUGAAGAAUCCAAGAUUGUGGAAAACAAGCAGAGGGAAAUGCACAGUGUGGAACGGCUUCCUUGUGCCCUUGCUCCCACUGCGUGUAGAUCGGUGCAAGUCAAUGGAGCUCCUGCAGAAUUGAGAAAACCCAGUUAUGCAGAAAUUUGCCAGAGAACAACUAAAGAGCUGCCGCCUCCUCCUCCUCCUCCUUUGCAAGGUCAGAAAGAACAGAAGCCAAAUUCUGCUGGCUGUGGGAAAGAAGAGAAGAAACCCACUGAGCCACCAGUGGAGAGAUGCCGAGAACCCCCUCCUUCAAAAUCAAAUCCAGGACACCCCAAAGACCAGAGGAGACAGUCAGGCCGCAGAUCCCCACCGCCAGCCCCUGGGAAGCGUUUAAAUAAGGAACAGAGCACACCUCCCAGAUCUCCCCAGUGAACCGUGUGCGUGUGUGUGUGUGUGUGUGUGUGUGUGUGUGUGUGUGUGUGGGGACUGUGGAAGAGUUCUAUUUACCAAGGUUCCCAUUCGGAAUACGGAGCAUGAGUUGCUGUUUAGGAGCUUGCAGUAGUACAUGAGGCAUGUGAAAUGCCUUCAAGUUACUUUUCUUCUAUGAAAAAUUAUUUUCCCCUCUUGAAAAACAGUCUAUUUUUUCAGGAUUUAAUUGAUCUAAACCUUAUGUUUAGGUUGGUGCUUAACUGGAGGUGAUGCAUAAAGUCUGAUUUUUUUUCAGGAUAGAAAAUGCAUUUAUCUUAACAAAUUGAUAUUUUUUAUUAAGCCUCCAUGUGGCUAUGAAUGCAAGCUAUAUAUAUAUAUAGUGAGUUUUUCUAAAUUAAGCAGAACUCUACUGCUUCAUUUUUUUAAAAAUAACUGGUCUGGAAGUACAUACCUUAAAAUGACUAAAUAGACAGAUGAUGGCUGGUGACAGCUAGUAUUGUGAGUGCAGGAAGAGCAGAUAAAUUUUACAAAAUGCUGGCACAUGUAACUGGGAGGAAAUUUUUUAUUAGGUUAUUGUGACUCUUUUGGGCAUAGGAACUUGCACUUUUGGGUUAACUAAAUGGUUGGUUCUGGCAUUUUAAAAUUUUGAUUGGUAUUUGAUCUUCAGUGUAAAACAUCCUGUGGAGAGCACCAUAGAGAAUAUGUUUGAGUUUUGAUUUACUGCAAGCAAAUAACCAGCUUCUCACUCCAUAUUAAAGUAGAUUAGACUACAUUUAACAAGUUCAAAGCACAUUGUGAAUAGAAGGAAAAACAAUUCCAUAAACUUUCAUUGUGGAGAGGUGCCCAUAGAUAUAUGUUACUACAAGGUAGCACUGUCAUGUUUUUUUGAUAACCUGAAAGUUAGCAUUCUUGGUCUGACACGGAAGCUGAUACAAGUCACCACUGUACCUUCUGGUUCCCCCUUGUCCUAUGCUCAUACUUUGUGUAGAUUUCUUUCAACUGCCCCAAGUGCUCUUUGAAAGAGUCCAUAUAUUUAGUCAACUGAGGGUUGACGUCUUCCUGUACCUCCUAACAUUGGCAUAUAGAUGUAAAAUUUUUUUAAGUGUGAGAGAAUAGUGUUUGUUGGGGAUUUUUUUUUUUUAUGUGCUGGAGAAAAAUCCCUGCUUUUCCUCUGAAAUGAGGUUCCUCUUAUUGAUUCACUUCUAGAAGUGCUACACUUCUGAAGAACAAGGAUGCACUAAAUUAGCAAGUUUCUAAUAAAGUUAAAUAUAAAUUAUUUUUGUUUUAAAAUGCCUAAAGUUUUUCUUUAAGUAUUCUAAGUAGCAGGCAGUUAAAAUUAUACUAUUUCCUGCUAAAUGUAACCAUACAACUUAUUCCAUAAAUGUUUAUUUAAAAGAACUGAUUUUUUUUUAAGAAAUUAUUUCCAUCCAAUAUUUAAAGACUUGAAUUUUAUUUAAACUUGAAAAUGACUUUGCCUUAACUUUUGUAUAAGACAGCGUAGCGUUAAUGAAGACUGGCCCACUGGGUUGGCAUGAGUGGAAUACAGGAUUACUCAGUUGCCAUAUAUAUCUAGGGUCACUGGUUUUACUGAGUAAACUUACUGUAGAAAAGGUAAUGGCAGUUUUUGUAAUAUACCUUAAAGAUCUUAAACAGUUGAACUUUUUCAGAUUGUUGAAAAAUGCUGUAAAUGCAAAUAGUCAAUACUGUAUUAAAUAUGUGCACUUGGAAGUGUGUGCUUUGCUUGUACAGUUGUAAAUAAUCAGAACAUAUAAAAAGGUACCCUAAAGAAAAAUCUGAUAAAAAUUAUUGAUAUAUUAUAAAUGUUGCUGUUGAGCUGGAUGUAGAUAAACUAAAUGUUGUGGUUUGAGUAUUACUUUAAUUUGUUGAUUUUUUUUUUUUUCCUUUUUCCUUUUCUUUUAUUCUGGUGUGCUGAGCUGACUCUGCCUAUUCACUGCAAAAGGGAAAUGGGGGAAAAUUUUUAAUUUAAAAACCCUCAGAUGUUUUCAUACUCAUCUUUAAAAGUGUGCAUUUUAUUCAGUAUGAGUGUGUCUUGUAAUAUAAUGUAAAUAGACAAUUGGCAGUCUAGUCAAGUAUAAGAUAAAAAAAAAGAUGGUCCAUUUAAAUAAUAUUUGUGAAUAUGAAACUAAGCAUAAUUAAGAAUGCCUUCUCCCUCCCCCUGCCAAAAAUACUCCGAUAUUUAUUUGAUCACUUCUAAUAGUAUUAAUACUCAAAAAGGUACAAAAAUAGUAUUCAGAAACUGAAGUGAGGAAUAUAUAGUUGAUUUCCUUUCAUUUUCAGAUAGCUGAGUAGAGAAUCAAAAUUAAUUCGCUUCUUAAAUCCAGAUUAAAUUGGACUGCAAGAAAGAUUGUAAUGGCAAGCUAAGACCUGAUUACUUUUUAAUAUUGCACACUUUGUUGUGAGAGGAGAUGGAACAUGAACAACCGCAGUCAUCACCAAGAUUACCAAACCCAUCAAGUCACUGGAUUUUAAUAUUUAUUUCCCCCCUCUGGACAGUGAACAUGGCAGUUAGAUUUGUAUGUGGUUAAAGCCCGCUGUAAUGAUUUACUUUGUUUGCCUGCUGAACAUGUAAAGCUCACCAGCUGCAAACAAUUUAUUAAAAAGGUCACUUAACAGCAACAGUAUACAGCUAAUAAUUAUAGUGAACUGGUACAUUAUAAGGUAAUAUAUUGAGACCAGCAGGCUAUGUUGUGCUGUUUUAAUGUAUUCUGCUGCCAUUUGUACUAGGUCAAUACACUGUAAUUACUGCUUCCCCAGUAAUAGUCUGUUGCAUCCAGAGUUUAAACCUUGCUGUGAUGUGGCUUUUAUAGCUUUCUUUUUAAUUAAGCAAAGGUGACAUGCCAAAUAGUUGUAUGAUAAUACAAAAAAAAAAAAACUACAGUUACUUUGAGAUUUUCCACUCACUGACAAAUUGAAGCUAUCAGAAUAGAAAGUUGUGAUGCUACAUGCAGACUUUUGUGAUGGGACAUAUAGCUUAUAACUGUGGCUUUUAUAAAUUCAUUUUUAAACCCUCCUAGCAAGCAGUAUCUCUAGAAUCAGAGAUACAGCAAUUAAAAUUGGAAUUUUUAACUUGUAAAAUUGCGUGAUAAUACUUUUCAGAAGUAUAAAAAUAGUACAGAAUCUGGCCCAAUUUUCCCAUAAAUUAAUUUAGAGUGGUGUAGUUGUAUUUGAAGUUAGUGCCAUGACACUUUAGAUCAGCCCCCUUCAUCAUUGUUGGUCACUAGAAGUCACCUGAUAACAGUGACGACAAACUUUUAUUUUGUUAUGUUAUCUUUUAACAUUUCAGCAGUUGUCAUGAAAAAGGUCUUGUUUGAAUGUGAUUCAUUGUUUCCCUAGAGCACCAGCUGUCUAGUGGUGCAUACUGCUUUGUAUCUCCUUUAGCUUGCUAUGGUUAAGGGUUUUAUGUGCUUUGUAACCUAUUACACAAAUAGCAGCAGACAAUCAAAGAUUUAAGGAGAGAGUCAACAGCUGCCAAUUUGGGAAAUGGAAGUGGAAUAUGGAAGCUUCAUUGAGGGUUUUUGUUUUUGUUCUACUUUUUCCAUUAAGACUGGAAUCAAGCUUACAUGUAAACUAUUGAUAAUUUAAGUUUCUUUUUGUGUCAACAAUGUAAAACUGUCUAAUUUGAAAAAUGUAGGUUAUGAAAAAUAAAGAUUUAGGCAUUGUUCAAUUUUUCUUUUGAUUUUUUUAAAUUAAAAUUUUCUUCAAGAUUUUUUUUUUUUACUUUUUUUUUGUCUAUUCACAUUGAUGUCUACAUUAAUGGAAAAUAAGUUACCUCCAAAUUGUUUGAAUUAUGGAAGUUUCUCUGACUUGUACAUAAUUCUAAUUAUUUAUAUGAACUGCCACAUAAGGUUUUUUCAGUCUGGCUAAAGUUGUUUAAGAUUGUUUAAUGAAAAAUAAAAUUGAGCACUAAAAUCAGAGAUGUUCAUUAUGAAAUAGUGAAUUAAACCGAAGCCAUAAAGAAAA